AUGGCAUCGGUUUCAUCUUUGGACAAAGACCUGCGCAAUAUGCGCCUGUCCCGCUAUACCCCGCAGGCAGCCGCCGAAGUACGUGACUGGGUCGAAGAUGUGUUGCGCGAGAAACUCCCUUCUACCGAUUUACUCGAAGGACUGAAAGAUGGAGUAGCCCUUUGCAAACUAGUCAAUUUAGCCGUAUCCCCGGGCGUGAAGUAUAAGCAGUCGUCAAUGCCAUUCGUCCAGAUGGAGAACAUCUCUCAUUUCCUACGUGCUUGUCAAAUGGCACCGAUCAGCCUCCCGCCGCACGACGUCUUUCUUACAGUUGAUCUCUACGAAGCGAAGGACCCCGCGCAGGUCCUCCAGUGCCUUGCAGCGUUUAGCCGGAGAGCCAACGCCUUGCAGCCUGGUGCUUUCCCACGUACCGUCGGUCCGCAAAGCAAGCGGGGGCUUGUAAGCCCCAAUGCGACGGGUACUUCGAGUCCAGGACCAUACAAUCGGCCAGGUCGCGCCUCGAGCAAUGUCAGCGAUACGAACUCUGGUCGACCGGGAAGUCAAUCAUCGGGGUCUUUUAGCUCUUGGAGUAAGAAGGAUGAUCAGUCGAAGACAGCACCGGCGUGGAAUAUUCAUCAGUAUGGCUACAUGGGCGGAGCUAGUCAAGGUAACCAGGGCAUUGCAUUUGGUGCUCGGCGUCAAAUAACUACCCCAGGCCCGGCUGUUCCAAGUUUGGCAGAGAAAGAGAAGCGCAGGAAAGAGGAAGAGGACAUAAUCCGCCAGAAUGCAGAGAGAGACGAAGCUGAACGGGUGCAUCAACGCGCAAUCGAAGAUCAGGAGGCUCGUGCUAAAGUCGAGGAGCAACGAAGAUGGGAGGAAGAGACCGAUCAGUUGAGAGAGAAGAAGCGACGCGAAAUGGAAGAUGAGAAGAGAAGAUGGGAUGAUGAAAAACGCCGAUGGGAGGCAGAGGAGCAACGCCGACUAGCCGAAGAGAAGGCGACUGAGGAACGCUUCGAGCAGGACCGACAACGUCGAAAGAGUGCAAACGAUUCUCGUCUUAACGGUCAAUUUCUCAGCCAGUAUCAAUCCGGUCAGACCAACAAUGUCCCACCUGCUGUGUCAACGGAAGAGACUCCCGAAAGCCGUCGCAUCAAAGAACUCGAGCGUGAGCUUGAACUGGCCAAAGAGCGUGAACGCAAGUACGAGACCGACCGACAAAGCACAGAACCACAAGACGAGAAUGACUCAGAACCUCGUAGCCAAAGCCGUGGACGUCCUGUCCCUGUCCCCCCAAAGCCAAGCUACAGCUUUUCGUCUCUCGAACAAGAACGCCGACUCCUUCGCGGUGAAUGGCAAAAGAAUCAAGAUUUGCCAUCAGCAGAGGAGACGACGGAUGAUUACGAAGAGCAAGCCCCCCCUCCACCUCCACGACCACUACCAGAGCCCGUGCCAACCCAACAGCAAGCACCAGCUCUUCCCGCCAGAGAACUACCGCCUGCACCUGCACCUCGCCCUCUCCCAGAUCCGGCAGCAUACUCUGCAAACCGUGGCCAAAGCCGCACCGACCGUUUCUUAAACUCGAACCCAGCUCCCGCAGCACCGGCCCCUGCUUCCCAUCAGCCACAAGACUACAGCACCACAUCUGAAGUAGACGCAGAAAACAGUCGCCGUGAAGCUUCACAGCAGAAGACGCGCGCUGGUGGCUGGGCUUCGAAAUCACUGCUCGAACGCGAGAUGGAACGUGAGCGGGAACGCCAACGUGAGUGGGAGGAUAACCAGAAGCAAACACAAGCAGCUGCGCGCGAUACCUCGCACGGCUCAGGCCCGGGUCAAACAUGGGAUGUUCAUCAGUAUGGCUACCUGGGCGGGGAUAAUCAGAACCGUGGAGGCACAGGAUUAGGUAUUGGAGGUGCCCGACGCCAAAUUAUUGGACCACGACCUCCCCCAUAA